GGAUAUUAAUAAAGAUAAUACAGCUUAAAAUCAACGCCGAGUCGCUAUAAACCGCAUCAUAAAUAAAUAUUCGGUAAACAAAAUCUAGCGGAAUGCUUAAUUUUCGUAUGUUUUCAUGUCAAAAAACAUAAGGAUUUAGAUAAUUAUGACUGCAAUGUCAGUAUUACCUGAAGAGGAAUCCGAGUUUCAAGAGCCUCUUAAAAGACAACCCUGGUGGAAAAAGAGUCCCACACCAGAAAGAUCAAGUCCUGAAAGUAAAAAUAAACUUGAAGAGAUUACGAAAGACCCGCAAAAGAUUAUCAAUUGGGUUGAAUUAGAAGAAAAUGGAACAUUUUACAACACAACUUUGAAAAAAGUAAGAUAUCGAACACUGGUUUCAUUUGAUCCGAAUGAUCAAAACACAGCAUUUAAACAAUGGGAGAUGGUUAAAGUUAAGCAGCUAAAAGCUGGAAAGAUUGAAAGUUUAAUCGAGCAUAUGACUUUACCUUUUGAGGAUGAAGAUCCAGAUCCAGGCUUUAUUUUAGCAUUUCUUUGUACUUACAAAAGUUUUACAUCAACAACAGAAGUUAUUGAUCUACUUUUAAACAAAUUUGAGAUUCAAAUUGAUAAUAUUCAAAAUGAGAAAGAAAAAAGUGAACAAGUUAUAAGGCGCAUCUGUAAAGUAAUAAGCGUUUGGAUUGAUCAGUAUCCUCAAGAUUUUGAUGAUCCUCCCUCUUACACGGUAUUAAAUAAAAUAGUUUUGUUUACAAGCCUGCAUAUUGAUCUUUUAACUUGUAUAAAAGAAGUUCACAAUAAAUGCUGCACAAGGUUGAACAACUUUGCUACCAGUCCAGUUGAUGAACGUUCAUUUAAAUUCAAGUUUUGUUUCUGCCCAUCUAUAAUUGGUUGCACAUGUGAAAAUGUUGGAGUGCAUAAUUUGCAGUUUAAAAACUUUUCAGCCCAGGAGUGUGCUGAACAACUGACUUUAGUUGACUCGGAGCUGUUUUUAAAAGUUAACCCAAGAGAGAGUUUAGGAUACUUCUGGUCAAAAAGGGAUAAAAUACAAGGGUCAAAGCCAACUUCAAUAAAAUUGACAGUUGAUCAUUUUAAUGCUGUAUCUCUAAAUGUCAUCUCCACUGUGCUUGAUUCUAUGGAUGAAAAAUCACAUUUGCACAGUACUUUAGCUCGCUCUAAGACUAUUACAAAAUGGCUAGAUAUUGCUUUGGAGUUGCGAGAACUGAAAAAUUUUUCUAGUUUAAAAGCAAUUUUAUCGGGGUUGCAAUGUGCACCUAUAUAUAGGCUUACACAGUCAUGGGAGUUAGUACCAAAAGCAUCCAUUGCCAUCUUUAAUGAACUCUCGCAAAUUUUUUCAGAUGACAUGAAUAACAAAGCUUCUAGGGAUUUAUUAAUACAGGAAGGUACUGCAAAAUACUCAACAAACUCACUUGGUCGAUCAAAAUCAAAGCGACAGUCUCUUAUAAAUAUGGGUAUCACACAUGGAACUGUACCAUAUUUAGGCACUUUUUUAACAGAUCUUACUAUGAUAGAUACAGCACUACCAGAUAAAGUCAAGGGAGAUUUGAUUAACUUUGAAAAAAGGAGAAAGGAAUUUGAAGUUGUUAUAUUGAUAAAACUACUACAGCAAUCUGCAAAAAACUACAGCAUUCAACCAAAUCCAGAGUUCUUCACUUGGUUUAACUCUCUAAAAGCUUAUAGUGAUAAAGAAAGCUACGCGAUAUCACUUGAGGUUGAACCGAAAAAUGGAGUAAAGCCUGAAGUUGAACCUGUUGGAAAAGAUCAUACUAUAAGACGAUAUGCAAGCGACAAUGACAUAUUUUCAUUGAAGCAAUCGAGUAUUAACACGGCUGAAGAUCUUGUUUCGCUAUAUUCUCUAGAACUAUCUAAAAGUACCAUUGACUUGACUGACGCUGGUAUGAUAUUGAAAUCAAAAGUUUCUAAAGAUAGAUUUAAAGUCGAGAGUUUAUCAUCUCGAAACAUGCUUGAUCCAGAUGACGCUGUACCUCUUGACGAAACAGCAGUAGUCGGAAAAGUUUAUCUUGAAGACACAGUUAAUGUUCAAUAUAAAAGUGUUAAGAUUACUCCGACGUCUCGAGCCUGUGAUGUAAUAAGCUCUACCCUCAAUAAGUUUAAAGUCUCAACCGACGUUUCAUGCUAUUCGCUCUAUCAAAUUAUAGAUAAUAAAAAAAGUUUGCACAUACCAAUGAAUUCCAAUAUGUAUUACGCUAUGCACAAAACGCCAGCAUUAUGUUUCAAAGUAUCAAGGAAAAAGUUGAAAACGAGUAAGAAAGCGGAAAAAUCAUUAUCUUUUAACACGUUAGGCAAAAGUGACGUGAUUCUACUUAAAGCUUCUUAUUCUCAAUUAUGAUGAUUCCUACUGUUAUUUGCAAGAUUGUAAAUUUCUUUUGUUUUUUUACAUUUUGUUGAUAUUUUAAAAUAUAUUUUAAUCCGGAACUGUGUAUUAUGAAGAGCUUCUUAGAAUUUAAUAAGGAUAAUGUUUUUAUUCCUAACUUUUUGCUUAUGUCAUGUAAUAUAUUUUUUAUUGAUCCUUCAUUUAUAAUGAACGAGAUUUUAUUUUUGGACAUUGUAGUAAAUAUUUUUUAGUUUUAAAUUAUUUUUUUAACUUAACUGAAUAUAUAUUUUUUAUUUAUAUUUUUGUUACAUUGUUUUUAUUGUUUUUUUGUUUUUUUAUACUUUCUUUGUAUAAAUAAAUCCAUUACAUCGUACUUUAUUAUUUCAAUGUUUGGUUUUUGUUAUUACCUUGUUUUGUAUAUAACAAAAAAAUUCCUAGAACCUUUUUUUUUUUCAACACGAAAAUAGUGACGAGAUUUUAAUUUAUGACUUGUAAACAGAUUAGUUUCUUUGCUAGUUGUUUUUUUAUAUUAAAUUUUAGAA